AUGGCUGACAUAUUAUUAAUUGAAGGAUUUUAUGAUGGUUCUCAUCGUUCAUUAAUAGAUCUUCUUCAUCGAGUAUUAUCACCCCGUUCGAUGUUAAUAACCUUACCAGGUAACAAAUGGCCAUGGCGCGCUCGAUGUUCAUCAUUAAUUCUAUCAGAUUUAAUACCAAACAAUGAAAAUUCAUUCAAAUAUGUAUUUAGCUCAUCGAUUGUUAAUUUAAGUGAAUUGAUAUCUCUUCGUGUUGAUCUUCUUUCAGCAAAAAAAAUAAUUUACUUCCAUGAAAAUGAUUUAGCUUAUCCAAAACAAAAUGAACAACAAGAAAAACGAGAUUUUCAAUAUGGUUAUAAUCAAAUUUUAACAGCAUUAGUUGCUGAUAUUUGUUUAUUUAAUUCUUUGUAUAAUUUAAAUACAUUUCUUGAUAAACUUGGACCUUUUCUGAAUCGAAUUCCAUCACCGAAACCAAAUACUCAACAAAUUCGACAAAAAAUUGCAAAUAAAUCUAAAGUCUUUUAUUAUCCGUUAGAUAAACCAACUUUAUCAAUUCAGAUAAAUACUGAGAAAACAGGUCCAUUAUGUAUUGUUUGGCCACAUCGUUGGGAACACGAUAAAGAUCCAGAAACAUUUUUUUCUGUGAUUCUUGAACUUUAUGAAACGUAUUCAUUAGAAUUUAAGUUAAUUAUUCUUGGUCAAUCAUAUGGUGAACAACCAUCAAUAUUUUCAGAAGUUUUAUCUAGAUUACCAUCAAAUUAUAUACGCCAUUGGGGUUUUAUAGAAUCGAAAUCUGACUAUGAAAAAUUAUUAAGGGAAGGUGAUGUUGUUGUAUCAACAGCUCUACAUGAAUUUUUCGGUGUUGCUAUGUUAGAAGCUUGUAGAGCUGGGUGCAUUCCUAUUGUACCAGAUAGAUUAGCUUAUACAGAACUUUAUCCCAAUGAACAACAUCGAUAUAGAACAAAAACGCAAUUAUUUAACAAAUUAAAAGAAUAUUGUCAAAAACCAGAUAAUCUUAGAAACAAAAUAACGAAACAAGAUACAUUUCAAUUUGAAUGGGAUAAUAAUGAAUUAAUUAGACACCAAUAUCUAGAGUUAUUUCAACAUGAAUCAUUAAAUAGUAACGUAGCAACCUAA